GUGCGAUGUGCUCACAACCAAAUUGCGAGGUAGCCCUUCCAGGAGUUGUGGUGCGAUGUGCUCGCAACCAAAUAGCAACACGUACACUCUCUAUGACGACCACCCGUCAGGAGUUGUGGUGCGAUGUGCUCGCAACCAAAUUGCGAGGUACCCCUUCCACUGCGUGGAGGAUCAUUAUACCCAGCGCCUCUGCGUGGGUGAGGUCCCCACUCUGGCCGACUUCGCGGCCUUCCUUCAGUACCGCUUCGGCCCUCGUCAUGACGCCACCGACGCCUUAGACCGCGUCACCCAUACUAGAUGGUCCGGGUCCUCUGUACCGGCCGACCUGGAGCGUCACAUUCGGGUGUUUCAGGACGCUCGCCUUGUCUGUGACAAGACAUUUCUACCGGAGGUCACACUCACCGACCGGUUCCUUGUCAGCCUGCCGACUGACUACCGCCUAGAGCUGUGGAGGCGAUCAUUCUCUUCCGCGGAGCAGGCAUACGAGGCUGCGCGUCAGUACCAGAGGAUGUGCAGUCGCUUCUCUGUCGCCCCAUCCUCCUCACGGCCAGCCGCCACCUCCCAGUCUCGUGGUACCACCAGAGGCCGCUCCUCGUUUGCUGGUCGUUUUCGUCGCCUGGCUCGACCUGGAGCGUCAUUCUCUCGGCGCUACAAUUCUCUCGAGUAUGGAGAGGAUGCCUCAGCCGAGCUCGACCCUACCGUUGGGGACACCCCCGAGGACAUCGAGUUUCGGGACGUCAUCCAGUAUCUCUUGGAUGAUGACACUGUCCCCGUGGCCGAGCGCCUGCAGAUGGCCAUGUCUGCCAUGGGUCGUGCGUGCAGUCGGGACACGACAGACACAGUUCUCUCUGCCCCGUCGUCUGUCGAGGUACCGUCUGCCUCCCAGCAGACCGCCACAUCUAGCACUUCUCCSCCGAGACUUCCGACGCGUCGCGCCAUUCGCACAGCCCGUUGUAGCGCUCAGCUGGUGACUCGCGAUGACGUUGUGUCAUCUCUUCUGGACUUGAGCAUUCUGCAGGCUCGUCAGGAGCGACUCACGAGACACGUCAACGUCCUGCGUCGUCUUCUCGCUCUGCUUUCUGACCCUGAUCGCACCCUACCCAUUAUCCCUAUUCGCCUAGGGACAUCUACGAGGGUGUACCGUGCUUUAUGGGACUCUGGCUUGCAGGGAGAUUUCGUUCACCCUCGAGUGGUUGAGGAAGCUCGCCUAGCUACCUCUGGGUCCCGCUCUCCUAUCUCCGUUACCCUCGGAGAUAACAAGACGCAGCGCUUCUUCGAUCGGACGGUCCCCGACCUCCACUUCUCCCUCACCCUCCAGCCAUCGGAUAGUACCCAGACGCCUAGGCGCUACCAUUCCUCCUCAUACUUCGACGUGCUGGAGACCGGGUACAACUUUAUCCUUGGCACUCCCCGGUCUCGCCGGUUCCGUGGCACGAAGGCCGAAUGGGCGACCGAGACACUCGUUCUCAAAACGAAGUAUGGUCAGAUUCAUCGCGUCCCGUUCAUUGGAACCACGGGCGACACCCCGCCCGACCUACCUCCCCAGGACCCUCGUCCCUCAGGGUCUCACCCCGACAUCGCGUUCACUUCCCCUCGUCAGUUUGCUCACUUCAUACAACAGGAGGACGUCACGUUCUACUCAGUCAACGUCAUGGAUCUUCUUCGCUAUGAUCUACUUUGUCCCGAGGUUGAGCUCAUCUCUCUGGAGCCCGAUCCCCCUGACCCUCCCUCCAUCUUCGCGGCUCCCAUCUCUACGUCCACACGUCAGCCUGCGGAUACCCCCUUCACGUCCCAGGCCUCUGCGCCGUCGACUGUCGAGUCCACACAUACGUCUUGUGCCGACGCAGACGCUGAGGAACUUACACAGUUCACGGCAGACUUAGAGUCGGUCGUUCGCGACCUGAUUCGAGAGUACCGCGACGUCUUUCCCCCAUAUUUCUCAUACAACGUGAUUCCCCCGAUGCGCAGUGUUGAGCAUUCUAUCCAGCUCGUGUCUGACUAUCGUGUUCACCAUCAGGCACCGUACCGACUCUCAAUCCCAGAGGCGACGGAACUCAAGCGUCAGCUUGAGGAGCUCCUUCGACUGUUUUCAUUAAACCCAGUAACUCCCCUCGGGGUGCACCUGUCCUCUUUGCUCGCAAAGAGAACGGAACUCUCCGCCUCUGCAUCGACUACCGCGGCCUUAACCGUUACACGUUUCACCACUCAGUCCAUCAAGGGUGAAAUGAACCGCGUCGCCGAUGCCUUGUCCCGCCGUCCUGAUCACAAUCAUGAACCCAUCCAUCUUGCUGCCAUCUCCAUCACCACUGUUGAUCAGUCGGUGAUCGACGCGUAUCGCACUCAGUACCACCACUGCCCCGAUUAUCGCGUCAUCCAUGCGACACUGCAGAGUAGCAAGACCGUUCCUUCCUACUCCCUCAGGGAGAACGGCCUCGUGUACUGGCAUGGCAGAUCUGGUAAGCUAGAACCACGUAUCUGCAUUCCCUCUACCGGACAACUCCGCGUCCAGGCAGUAGCAGAGUUCCAUGACCAGGCAGCUGUUGGUCAUAUGGGUUUCCACAAGACGUUGGCUCGUGUUUGCCGCCUAUACGUCUGGCCGAAGUCCAAGGACUUUGUCAAAGCCUACAUCCAGGAGUGUCCUACCUGCCAGGAGGUGAACAGUGCGAACCACCUUUCGUAUGGGUUACUUCAGCCCCUAUCCAUACCUGAGGGUCGUUGGCAGUCCAUCUCGAUAGAUUUCAUUGGUCCCCUCCGCCCACCCACUGAGCGGGGUCAUGAUGCUAUCUUGGUCGUCGUCAAUCGCUUCACGAAGCAUGCACGUUUUGUUCCGUGCCGCUAUCGCAUUAACGCUCGUGAGGUCGUUGACAUUGUCUUCGACCAAGUCGUGAGAGAUCAUGGCUUACCUCAGACCAUCAUCUCCGACCGUGACCCGCGCUUUACGAGCACAUUCUGGCGACGCCUACACAAGGUGUACGGAUCCCAGCUCCGCUUCUCAUCGUCUUACCACCCUCAGACGGAUGGUCAGACUGAGGUCACCAACAAAAUUCUCGGUAAUAUCCUCCGAAAGUUUGUUAGGGAUGACCAGCAGUGAGACUUACACUUAGCCCACGUGGAGAUUGCAUACAACCACGUUGUUUCGCUAGCCACGGGGAUGUCGCCAUUCUAUUGCGACCUCCG